AUGAAUGCGAACCGCCUCAGGCGAAACGACGACGAUGUGACGAUGAAGUGUGUCCGCCCAUCCUCAGUGAACACACUUCGCGUGUCGCAUCUCCAACUAAACCUGAUGCUCCCAAGCAGAUCAGCUCAUUUGAGAAUGAGGUACCGAGUCGUUCUCCUGUAUCGAAAUCCGGUCCCAGAAGCGAAUCUGCGCUGCCUAGAAAAGAAGAAAAAUCCGAUGCAAGGUCGAAAACAACGUUCAUCAAUCGUCAAGAGGUGCACGCUAACAUACCCAUGCCACCGAUUCUCGCCAAAUAUCCGAUGA